UGAAAUUUUCUCUUUAAGGACGUCCGAUAAUGUCAAGCAGUAACAUGACCUUUGUGAAGGACUUUUUCAUUGUUGGUUUUCCUGGACUUCAUCCUAACUACUAUGCCCUUGUAUCUGCAGUUAUGUUCUUAGUUUAUGUGUGCACUUUAAUAGGGAAUGGAAUUUUUCUUCUUUUGUUUGCAACAAACAAAAGUCUCCAUAAACCCAUGUAUUUUAUUUAUAUAAGUCUUGUGUUGUCUGAUGUGUUGUUCAGCACAAGCACCUUACCAAAGAUCAUUGCUAGAUAUUGGUUCCAAGAUGGGACCAUUUCUUUUGCAGCUUGUUUUUUUCAGAUGUACUUAGUGCAUUAUUUUGCUACAGUCAAUUCAUACACAUUAGCCCUAAUGGCCAUAGAUAGAUAUAUAGCAGUUUGCUACCCUUUUCAUUACCAUACUAUUAUGUCAGAUAGAAAUAUAUUAAUUCUGUCCACAGCCGUCUGGGUUUUUGCUCAUCCUUGCAGUAUAAUGAUGGUUGUUCGGGCUUCCCCACUUCCUUACUGUGGAGCCAAUACCAUUGUACACUGCUAUUGUGAUCAUGUAUCUAUUACCCGACUUGCAUGCACUGACAGAGCUCUGUAUGGUUUUCCAGCUUUUGUUUAUGCCAUGGUAGUAUUGCUGGGAUCUCUUGCUAUUAUUGUGUUCUCCUAUUCCUGCAUUAUUUUAGCUGUGCUACAAAUAUCAAGUGCACAGGGGCGGCUAAAGGUUUUUUCCACAUGUAGUUCUCAACUCAUUAUAAUUGCGCUUUUCUUCUUACCCAGGUGUUUUAAUUACUUGUCUGCGAAUACAGGUAUCACAUUUAAUGCUGAUUUGCAAAUAGCCAUCAUUAUGCUGUAUAGCCUGCUACCUCCAAUGAUAAAUCCUUUACUCUAUAGUCUAAAAACAGAAGAAGUUAAGAGAAUCUUGAUAAGAAAUUUUAAAAACAAAAGUAUUCGGUCACCCAUCCAAAUGAUCAGAAUCAGGUGUCCUAAUCACUUGGCCUGGCCACAGGUGUAUAAAAUCAAGCACUUAGGCAUGCAGACUGUUUUUACAAACAUUUGUGAAAGAAUGGGCCGCUCUCAGGAGCUCAGUGAAUUCCAGCGUGGAACUGUCAUAGGAUGCCACCUGUGCAACAAAUCCAGUCGUGAAAUUUCCUCGCUCCUAAAUAUUCCACAGUCAACUGUCAGCUUUAUCAUAACAAAAUGGAAGAGUUUGGGAACAACAGCAACUCAGCCACGAAGUGGUAGGCCACGGAAACUGACGGAGAGGGGUCAGCGGAUGCUGAAGCGCAUAGUGCAAAGAGGUCGUCGACUUUCUUCACAGUCAAUUGCUACAGAGCUCCAAACUUCAUGUGACCUUCAGAUUAGCCCAAGUACAGUACGCAGAGAGCUUCAUGGAAUGGGUUUCCGUGGCCGAGCAGCUGCAUCCAAGCCACACAUCACCAAGUGCAAUGCAAAGCGUCGGAUGCAGUGGUGUAAAACACGCCGCCGCUGGACUCUAGAGCAGUGGAGACGCGUUCUCUGGAGUGAUGAAUCACGCUUUUCCAUCUGGCAAUCUGAUGGACGAGUCUGGGUUUGGAGGUUGCCAGGAGAACGGUACAUUUCGGACUGCAUUGUGCCGAGUGUGAAAUUUGGUGGAGGAGGAAUUAUGGUGUGGGGUUGUUUUUCAGGAGUACACACCAGACAGGUCAGGGAUAAAGUUGUGGAGAAGUUUAAAGCAGGGUUAGGUUAUAAAACAAUAUCCCAAGCCUUGAACAUCUCACGGAGCACUAUCCGAUUCAUCAUCCGAAAAUGGAAAGAGUAUGGCACAACUGCAAACCUACCAAGACGUGGCCGUCCACCUAAACUAACAGGCCGAGCAAGGAGAGCAUUAAUCAGAGAAGCAGCCAAGAGGCGCAUGGUAACUCUGGAGGAGCUGCAGAGAUCCACAGCUCAGGUGGGAGAAUCUGUCCACAGGAAAACUAUUAGGCAUGCACUCCAUAAGAAGUUCCAUGUGCAGUUUGCGACAAGCCAUGUGGGGGACACAGCAAACAUGUGGAAGAAGGUGUUCUGGUCAGAUGACAAUGCAAAACGCUAUGUGUGGCAGAAACCUAACACUGCACAUAACGCUGAACACACCAUCCCCACCGUGAAACAUGGUGGUGGCAGCAUCAUGUUAUGGGGAUGCUUUUCUUCAGCAGGGACAGGGAAGCUGGUCAGAGUUGAUGGGAAGAUGGAUGGAGCCAAAUACAGGGCAAUCUUAAAUGAAAACCUGUUAGAGUCUGCAAAAGACUUGAGGCUGGGGCGGAGGUUCACCUUCCAACAGGACAACGACCCUAAACAUACAGCCAGAGCUACAAUGGAAUGGUUUAGAUCAAAGCAUAUUCAUGUGUUAGAAUGGCCCAGUCAAAGUCCAGACCUAACUCCAAUUGAGAAUCUGUGGCAAAACUUGAAAAUUGCUGUUCACGGACGUUCUCCAUCAAAUCUGACUGAGCUGGAGGUAUUUCGCAAAGAAGAAUGGGCAAAAAUUUCACUCUCUAGAUGUGCAAAGCUGGUAGAGACAUACCCCAAAAGACUUGCAGCUGUAAUUGCAGCGAAAGGUGGUUCUACAAAGUAUUGAC